GUUUACAUUAGAGACGUGUGAUGCGUCUUCCUUCCUGCCACACGUGUGGCAGUUAGUACAACCCUAUAUAUAUACGUGACGCGACGCCCUGUUCUCGAUAGAUCCGUGGUUGCAGAGCCUUGUGCCGCUUGUCGUCGUCAACCAGCAAACGAAGCGAUCUAGCCUUACGACCCAGGCCAUGGCUGACUUGGACUUGUCUACGCCCCUGUUGUCAUGUUGUCAGCGAUGGAUCUGGCCGAGGAGUCGAACGUGUCGUCAGCGAUUGAUUUGGCAGAGGAGUCGAACGUGUCCGCGGCUUUCCCGCUGCUGGUGCUUGAGCCGCCGCCAGAUUCAGAUCGUUCGUCGUACAAGGUCUUCAGCUUGCCGGACCAGAAGCUUCAAGAUGUACCUCCGUUGGUGUCGAGCAAGAAGGUAUCCUUGCCGACGCCACAGGGCUGGGUCCUGGUCCUGAGCUCCUCCGGUUCCUCGUUAGAAGACGCAGGGACCCAUCUGCUGAACCCUAAGGACGGAUCAAUAAUCGAGCUUCCGACUCUCAAUGACGACGAGGUCCCGUUGACGUGCAGGUGCGUCUUGUCCAACGUCGUGGUAGCGCCUGGCUGCAGCGUCCUAGUCUUCGACCAUGCGAGCCCGGUGAUGUGGUUCUGCCGCGUCGGCCAGGAUCUCCGGUGGUCGCGCCACGGCUACGACAUUGGCUGCUUGGACAUCCUGGGCUGUCCCCCCACAAAGAGAAACUUCUUCCACGUUGCCGCCGUCAAUGGGAGGUUCUUCUUCUUCCAGUCCAACGUCGACUCUCUCGGCACGCUCGACUUCCAAGCCAACGACGCCUCGGAGAAGCCGGAGGCGCGGCUGGGCGCCAUCGCCGUGCCCCGCGUCGAGGUCCCGUUCGGCUUUACGGCCACGUACGUCCUCGAGUCCUGCAACGACCUCUUCCUCGUCCAUAUCCCCUUCCACGGAAUGUGCGUCGACCAACCAGUGGAGCUCCGCGUCUAUCGGAUGGAUUUCUCGGACCCGCCGGCCUGGCGCAAGACGGACUGCAUCGGCGAUCGGGCUUUCAUCCUCGGUAGAUCCAAUUUUGCAGCGUCCUGCUCUGCCAGCGGAUACGGUCUCAAGCCCAACUGCGUCUACUGGGUGAAUAGCUUGAGCGAAAAGAAUAGCGAUCUGCAUGUUCUUGGCCUCCAGGACGGCUCGUCGGAAAUUGUCAAGCAGUUUGACAAUGUGUUGGGUGUCGAGAAACCCUUCUGGAUCGUCCCCGUCGAUGCAUAG